AUGCGACAAUGGAAGGCCAUGCAAACGUCAGCGCAAGUGUUUGCAGCAUCUGUUGAAGAGCAAAGCAACCCAUACCAAUUUGACGACGACAUACAACUGAACGAUGUCUACCUCAACGAGACCAAUACUGAGGCGCAAGCUCUACUCGAUCUGUACAAUACCACUGGUUAUACCCAGCAUACCAUCCCGGCCUUUUUCGAACAGAUCAUGGUUCCCGCACCAGACUUCUUGGGUAGUGACUACAUGCAACCGCCUCCAGAUCUGACCGCAUGGAUGCCAGAGAGUGACUGGCUUGGUCAGGUUGACAUUUUUGGCAAUGAUUUCACUCCAACUGUCAGUCAGAUGCUAGAAGUGCAGACAUCGCAGGUGACAGCCUUGCCUUCUGCAACGCCGCCUCUUAAUACAGAUGUUUCUCACGAGAAGAUUGAUAGCAACUCCGCGAAGAGGCGCCAUGCAGUCUUCAAACAGUCUGCCUGGUUCUGGAUCCCCGAGCGUAACCAGCACGCUUUCAGCGAGCACGAAAACAUCGCUUUAGACGAGCGUAACGUAGAUCUUGCCUCGUCACCACACAUGCCAUAUUCUUCCAACGUUGUGAUCCCAGAUAAGCUUUCGCCGGCAGCCCGUGACCGCAUCUUCCAAUUGGUGUCGAAGACUGCACAGAGCCAUAUCACCAUUCCUUCUUUCCCUUCGGCAGAGUGCGUCGACAAGCUGAUCAAAGUUGGAAUUGCAAAACGAACUGAGACUGAUGCAUGGAUCCAUCCGUAUACCUUCGAAAGCGAGACUGCCCGGCCAGAAUAUCUCACUGCAUUGGUGGCAGCUGGGUGUUCCGAGAAUGAUAACAGUGUGAUACGCGACCUUGAAUACCUCCAAGCUUCAAUGCUUUGGCUUGACAUCGGGGCCUUCUGUGGGUACAGGAGGAAGAUGGAAAUCGCGGAGAGUAGCUUGCAAUCUCUUGUCACGGCACUACGGCGCGCCGGUAGAUUCGAUUACAUCCGGUAUCCUGCAGUUACACCGUCUGCAGAGGAUGGCGACGAGGAACUACAUGCAAAGUGGAAGCAGUGGGUGGAGCAAGAAUCUUACAAGAGGUUGGUGUAUCACUUGUUCGAGCACGACAUCCACAUGACUAUGGCGAAGCAUCGCCCGCCACUGAUCAGUUACGCUGAACUUACGCUCAUGUUGCCUGCAUCAAAGACGCUGUGGUUGGCACCUUCAGCAGAGACAUGGCGAACGCGCUAUCUUGACAUGGACGUCGUCGCCAGCGCUCCCUCACUGCAAACACUUCUGAAAGACGAAGCUGCCAUACGCUGUCUUCCUGCCACCAUCGACAUGCAGGUCGCUCACUCAUCCUAUCUACACGGUAUUGCAGCUCAGAUUUGGGAGUAUGGACAGCAAUCUGCGCUGAUGAACGAGAGCAGCGACGCCGCUUCACAGCUCUGGGCUCGAUCUCGUCAGGAAAAACUGUUGGUGUAUCUUCUCUCAUACUCGAUGAAGCUGACACUCCCCCGCAGAUACCAAUACCUUCAACGCGAAGACCUUCUACCCAGCAAACAUCCAGCAGUGACCUGUCUGUUCCACCAAUUCUUGCAGAUGUACCUCCACGUCAACCUCGAUCUAAUCACGCGCUUCGCCGGCAAAUGCGGCGAGAGCGCUGCCAACAGCGCGUACACUCACCUCUCACCCUGGAGCCAAACCAAAGAAGCUAGAGUCGCAAUCUGGCAUGCUGGACAGGUGGUAAGAGCUGCGCGACAAAUCCCACCAUAUCAGAUCCGCGGCCCAGAUUCCUUCAUGUUGUACCAUGCCAUCAUGGUCCUCUGGACAUACAGCAUGAUGAUGCGCGACCUGGCUAAGAAGACCGGCACUACGACGCCGAUGCGCACACGGCCGAGUUCGCUUCCGAGCAAGGUUAUCUACCUCGAUGAUGCCGCCUCUGAUAACCAGGCUGGCGUUAAUGCCUUCAUUGCUACGAAUAGCGGUAUACCGUGCCUUCGUAUUAUCUCGACGCACCAACCAGUGGCAUCGGAGUCUGGAGCCAUCACGCGGCCCGAAAUCUGUAACCUCAAGUAUCCUUCACAGGUUAUGAAGGUGGGCGUUAUGCUUCUUGAAUCCACACAUCCUGACGUGGAUCGUGAAACUGGGCCGCCUCUUGUAAGGGCGCUUUGUGGACUGAUGGAAGAACUGGGAGGCCUUCGAUGA